AUGGCUCGUAACAGCAAGCGGAAGAAUGUACCUCCAGCGAGUAGUGAGAGCAGCAAACCUGCCAAACGUCAGCGUAAACUAUCCCAAAUCUUCGAGCAAGGUAUCAAUCCUGCACCUCCCACACCUCCGUCAACGGUCAGGCGCCUAAACCGCUCGCGAGUACCGACUCCGCAGCGUAAUCACGAUAUUCCGAGCCCAGUUUUCGAACCUGAGGCGCCGAGCCAGCUCACCACCGACACCGCUGAUAUACUUGGGGAGGAUGAAGACGAGGAGGUAUUUGACACGACGGCGGACGAUGAGGAUAGACCCGUAGAGUUUGCUUUGCGAGCUGCUACUGCUAAAGAAGAUAAGGGAGUUAGCGAGCGAGCUGCUGGCGGUGCUGGAGACUCACCAGGUGUUGCUGUCGCUGCCUCAGCGGCUCAAUCGAGUCAGCGGCAGCGCCUGGAGUCACAGAAUGAAGAAGUUGACGAGGAGCCACACCUGCACUUUCGAUACCGCGCGUUCUGGGGGUCAGUAGAGAAGAAUGCGAUAGCUUCAGCUUCUGACUCUAGGCGUAAUAAACCUAUGUACACAGUCAGCGAGGAUAAGGUGUGGCGAUGGGCGGAUAGUGUAAUAGAGUCGCAGAAGCCACGCGUUAGCAAAAUUGAGAGCUUAACAGCGACGCUGUACUAUACUAGCGGCAGCCGCCAAGCCAAAGCCGAUAGGUGUACUAUUGCGCUGCAGCGUAGUCGACGUGUAGCUGGUGAGGGAUUUACUGUCGGUAACUGGUUGGACUUUGAGGACGAGGUUGUAGAAAUGAACAAGGAGAGCGCUCAGCUAAUGACGUGCGACUUUGAUUUGGUGUUGAGGGACGAGCUGCCGGCAUUACAGCCAGCAUCGCAGCUGGCUCGUAGUGGUGGUGUUGCUCGCUCGCGACCUGGCAUCGUUACGGCUAUACAAGAGGAUGGACUCGCUGCUGUCGUUACUGCUGAAAGGUGUGCAAGUGGCCGGCGUCCUCUACCUGGUCGCCAAAUCGAUCGCCCGGAAGAGCACUACAAGGUCAAUGGCAACACCAUCGCGAUCUGGGCGACCGCUGUGGCCCGAGAAGAGUGCACGAUUCAAGAGCCAUCUGAUGAGAUUCACCUCUCUCUCAUGAUGGCAAAAGACCGUUCUGAAAGCGAGAAGAGGCGCCGGCGGCGGAAGGUGUCACCAACUUCUUCAAACUCUAGCAUCGAAGGUCUCACAAAGCUAUCCUCGCUGAUCAUCUCGCUCAAAUGA